AUGAAGACUUACCUGCAGGCCUUUAAUCUGUGGGAAGUUGUUAACACAGAUACUGAGCCAGCACCACUGAGGGCCAAUCCCACAGUAGCUCAAAUCAGACAACAUGCUGAUGAGAGGACCAAGAGGCACAAAGCCAUGUCCUGCAUUCAGAAUUGUGUGUCAGAUGUCAUCUUCACCAAAAUUAUGGCCUGUAAAACUCUAAAACAGGCUUGGGACAAGCUCAAGGAGGAGUUUCAAGGCACAGAGAGGACAAAGAAACAGCAGCUGUUGAAUUUAAGAAGAUAUUUCGAGAAUUUAAAGAUGAGGAAAGAAGAAACUGUGAAGCAGUAUGCGGAUAGAAUCAUGGCAGUGGUCAACAGUAUAAGGCUCCUUGGUGAGCACUUUGAUGAGGCAAGAAUAGUGGAGAAAGUUCUCUCUACUUUGCCUGAGAGAUAUGAAGCAAAGAUAUCCUCCUCAGAAGGCUCAAGAGAUCUAGCUAGUAUCUCUUUGACUGAGCUGAUUAACACAUUCUAUGCUCAGGAACAAAGAAGAGCUAGCAGGGCUGAAGACCAUCAGGAAAGUGCUUUUCAAGUUAAAGCAAAAGAAGCCUCGAGCACCAAUGCUCAUAAAGGUAAAAAGUUCUGGAAAAAUAGGCCUAAGCCUGAUGCUGCAAGAAGCAGUGAACUCUGCAGACAUUGCAACAGGCUUGGUCAUCCAGAAGAAAGAUGCUGGUUCAGACCAGAUGCAAUAUGCCAACACUGCAAGAAGAAAGGCCAUGUUGAAAGGGUUUGCAAAAAUAAAAGUAGGCCUAAGCAGGUUCAUUCUCAGCAGAAAAAUGAAGUGGUUCGAGUGGCUGAAGACAACAGUGACCAUGAAAAAUAG